AUGAAGGAGAUUGGGGCAGAGAAGCGGCUGGGGGUGGUGGUGGUGGCGGCUGUUGCGGCGGAAGAGGGUGACACGGCAGCGGUGGCGACUGGUUUAGGACGGGGGUUGAGGGUGGUGGUGGUUGGAGGUGGCGCUGCUGGUGGCGGCGCAGUGGACGGCGAUCGCGGAAGGGGCAGCGGCGGUGGAGGGAGAAGAGGAGAGAGCAGAAGAAGAAAGAGGGGGAAGGAGGAAGGGGGUGGCAUGGCGGUGGGUUCUGGGUGGUCGGCGGGGGCGGUGGUGGCCGGUGGUGGUGGCUGGGUGGUGGUUGGGUGGUGGAGAGGAAGAGAGGGGGAAGAGGGUUUCAGGAGGGGGGUGGGGCACGACUGA